AUGAUUUUAACUCUUAAUAUAAAACGGGAUAUAAGGAAUUUGAGGACAGACGAGAGAGAGAGCAAAGACGCUAUGAAGUCCAUGCCCCUUGGUAGCAUGCAGUUACCAACCAGUACCAUGGGGUCUCCGUCCAUGGCAAACCAGGGUCUUAGUUCACCUACACUCUCAUCACCUGGCCUACACUCAGGAAUCACAGAUUACCGUCUGCACUCGCCGCCCAUGCAGUCACCGACCCUAAGCAGUCAGGGUUCAAUGGAAGAUAUCAAGCCAAUCAUCAGCUCCCAACCAUCCUCCUUACCCCUCUCACAAUCACAGGUAUCCAGUAUGACGGGCAUGCAUGCCCCUCUAAACAUCAACGUCCAGGGCCACCUACACAACCCGUUCUCACAGCCGGCACAGUCGUCGAUAAGCCCUGGCUCCAUGCCCGGCACUUCCAUUAACAAAAGCAUCUGUGCGGUGUGUGGAGAUAGAGCGUCAGGUAAGGAGCCCUCCGUGUCCAAAUCAUGUGUACUGUAUGUCUUGAUAUGUGAAUGUUGCUGUGAGCUUGCUGGUGUGCAAUUCGAUAUGCAUUUUUAAAAUAUGUUUUAUUUAUUUUUUUACACAUGCAUCAAUAUUCUGCCAGAUAUGUACCCUUUCAUUCAUUGUUGAAUAUUCACAAAUAUAGAAUAAUGGCAGAACAAAAAUCAUGUUCAUGUACAGGUAAUUCCCAUUUUUUUAUAAAAAGAAUUAAGCCCCCUUUCCCAUGAAACCUUUCAAUAUUACUGUCUAUUUUAGUG